GGGUCGUCUGCUCAGUGAUAGUGAUUAUUCUGCGCUGCAUAUUUGGACACUUUGUGUGGACUGUUUAUUGAGUUCCAAAAUGGACAGCAAGUCAUACUUGGUUAAGAUGAAUGGGAAUGGAGUCCACGGCAAGACUGCAGUCAAAGCCAAAAGCCUGAAUGGGACAGAGGUCAUAGGGAAGGGACUGAAUGGGAAUGGCGUGCAUCAUGUCAACGUGGAUGGCAGCCUGUAUCCUGCGAAAGUCAAGAGCCGCAGGCAGAGGUGGGAGGUGAACCCCUCUGAAUUUGCCAAGAAGACGCUCAACCCCAUCAGGUUGAUUGUGGAUGGAAUGAAACUCACACCGAAUCCAGAUAAACCCAUGAUCGCACUUUCCAUUGGAGAUCCCACUGUGUUUGGAAACAUGCCUGCAGACAAUGCUGUGCUUCAGGCCGUAAAAGAUGCCAUAGAUUCCCAAAAAUACAACGGCUAUGCUCCCUCUGUGGGUUACCUAAAGAGUCGCCAGGUUGUGGCCAAUUUCUACAGCUGCCCGGAGGCUCCACUGGAAGCAGAGGAUGUGAUUCUGGCCAGCGGCUGCAGUCAGGCCAUUGACCUGGCUAUCAGUGUCCUGUGUAAUCCAGGGGACAACAUCCUGGUCCCAUGCCCAGGUUUCUCCUUAUAUAAGACUUUGGCUGUGUCUAUGGGCAUCGAGGUCAAACUCUACAACCUGCUGCCAGAGAAGGCCUGGGAGAUCGAUCUGCAGCACAUGGAAAGCCUGAUUGACGAGCGAACAUCCUGCAUGAUUAUAACCAACCCGUCCAACCCCUGUGGCUCCGUCUUCACCAAGGAACACAUGCAGAAGAUCCUUAAAGUGGCCUCCAAGCACUGCGUUCCUAUCCUGGCAGAUGAAAUCUACAGUGAUAUGAUUUUCCCAGGAUGCAAUUGUCCUUCCAUGGCUUCCCUCAGCAGUGACGUUCCCAUCCUUUCCUGCGGUGGCUUGGCUAAACGCUGGCUGGUUCCUGGCUGGAGGAUGGGAUGGAUCUUCAUCCAUGAUAGGAAUGAUAUAUUUGGAUCUAAGAUUCGACAGGGUCUGGUGAAACUGAGCCAACGUAUCCUGGGACCCUGCACCGUCAUCCAGGGAGCGCUGGAGAGCAUCUUCAACAACACGCCUCGGAGCUUCUAUAGCGACACCAUCAGCUUCCUGAAGUCAAACUCAGAGAUUUGCUUCAAUGCACUCUCCACCGUCCCUGGCCUGAACCCAGUGAUGCCUUCAGGAGCCAUGUACUUAAUGGUUGGAAUUGAAACACACAAUUUUCCAGACUUUAAAGAUGAUGUGGACUUCACUCAGCGGCUUGUGACUGAACAGUCUGUCUUCUGUUUGCCUGCUUCGGCUUUUGAGUAUCCCAAUUUCUUCCGCGUUGUGGUAACGGUGCCGGAGAAGAUGAUGGUGGAGGCCUGUGCUCGGAUCAGGGAGUUUUGCAAGUGUCACUAUCGACCCCCCAGCUGCGACUUAAAUGACCUCGACCAGUGAUGCAGAUGAGUUAGAGCGAACUCAUGGAGCUUUGAAAACCCGCCUUAACACUAAAUGAGAAAUGUCAAGAAUUGCCAUCGUCAUUGUCAUCGUCAGGGCAACGUUUAGGGGGAACUGAUGGUGUCAUUUAUGAUUAUGAAAUGAGCAGACCUGAUAUUUAUAUUUUUUACUUCUAUUAACCUCUUCUUGUUUUUGUAUAUUUAUGCAAUUUGUGUUUUACUUUGUUUAAUUAUAGACUGAUUAUUCACACCAGCUAUCUUCUCUAGAUAGAAACAUGUUGUUUUCUGUUGUUCACUAUCACUAAAAUCAGCUAUAUUCUGAUCAUUUACUGCAUGCGUCAAAUUUCAGCAAUGACAUUUUUCUCUCAGAACUUUCCCUGAACAUUGUGUUUAAUUGCAUGUACAUUUAUAAAUUGUACAAAGUAUUUAUAUUUACCUAAUAAAACAAUUUGACAUGA